AUGUCAAUCUCAGGGAUAGGGAUGGGCUCAAGGCUGGUCAGCAAUGUCGAGUCUCGCCCACGAGCCUCCGAUGCUGCCGACGCCGCCCGACGGGCCGCCGCCGUCUGGGCGCCCGGGAGGCCCCGCCGCGCGACCACGCCCGCCGCCGCCGCGCCUGGACGGCGGCUCCGGCCCCCGCCGGCGGAGGUCAGCCUCGUCGUUCUCGUCAGCUUCCUCGCAGCCGCCCUCGAGCAGCUCCCCGUUUCAGCUGGCGCCCGGUGCGGCGCAGUCGCCGGGAGCCCUGGGCGCGGAGGGCGACUCCUCCAGGAGAGCACCACGGCCUCUUCCUCCCGCGCCGCGGCUGCCAGGGGCGCGGUGGCAGGAGGGCGGCCGAGGCCUACGGCUGGCGCUGUUCCAGAAGCUGUGGCGGCCGAGCAGGCCGAGGUGGUGGUGCGGGCUAUGCUGCCAGCCGCGAGGCGGGCGCUGGGAUCCUCGAACGACGCGGUCGUCCAGGCAUCGCUGGAUUCCAUGCGACGGGUGGAGCGGAUGUUCGGCAGAGGCGCCUUGGACAAGCACCUCGAGAUUUUCGCGGAGGCCAUUGCGAAGCAGAGCUCGGCGCCCGGCGGCGGCAGCCGCGCAGGCCUCAUCCUGCAGGCGCUGGCGGACCUGUGCUCCCCGGGCGCGCUGGCUGACCUGAGGCGCAGCCUGCUGGAGGCCACUUGA